AGGGCUCAUGGAGGCCCCGUUGCCCUGGCGACGGUUUCCCAGCUCCCUACCGCAAUCCGCCAGGCCUUCAUCGCGAUACACUAAGCCAAGAAGCCCUAGCCAUGACUUCGUCCACCCCUGCGUCCUUCACUACCGGCACAGCCGACGGGUUGCCUGAGACUGAGAAGAACGCAGGGGAGUCCGAGAAUACCUAUAUUCUGCGGCCCAUUUUCCAGCAAAGGUUCAGACCUUCUGUGGUUAAAGAAUGUAUCCAUGCUGUUCUUAAGGAGGAGCUAGCAAAUGCUGAGUACUCUCCAGAAGAAAUGCCUCAGCUCACAAAACGUUUAUCAGAAACCAUUAAAGACAAAUUAAAAGAAAUGGGAUUUGACCGAUACAAAAUGGUGGUACAAGUAGUGAUUGGAGAACAAAGAGGUGAAGGAGUAUUCAUGGCUGCUCGCUGUUUCUGGGAUGCCGACACUGACAACUACACUUACGAUGUUUUCAUGAAUGACAGUUUAUUCUGUGUUGUAGCGGCAUUCGGCUGUUUCUACUAUUGAAUCUGAAAAGUUGGGUAAAAAUAUGACCAUGAAGAAAUAGAGACUUUUUUAUAUUGUUAAAUAUCUCAACAAAAUAAAGAUAAUUUGGCAUUUUGGCAACUGA